UUGAUUUUUGGACUUAUGCCGUCAUGGACAUUUUCUCUCUCGACGCAUUUUUCAUUCAAUUUUUUGUUUUAGCAGUUUUCUCAAAUACAAUUGAAUGUUGUGAGACAGGGACCUACCGAUCAACUGAUUUAGGGGGUUGUGUCGAGUGUCCUGGCGAUCCUUUAGUUCAUUGUUAUGAUUUACCUGAAAGUGACAUUGACCGUUGUUUGAAAAAAUGUUUAUCAGGCAGAAAUUCCCCUACGGGCAAUGUCAACUUGCAGAAUUCGAGUGCUGUGUCUGCACACGGACUUUUAUAUGAGACCACUCAGAAACAAAAUGACCCGAAAUGCGGUGGCAAUGAAAUGACUGGUCGUGGAGGAUUCCUUAUUUUCUUUAUUGGUGCAGUUAUCGGAGUAUUGGGUUCAUGCCUUUUCAAUAGAAUUAAAGAUCCAUUCUGGAAAAGGAGAGCUGCGUUUUGCUUUUUUGGACGAAGACAAGCAGCCAAAGAACGUCGUCAGAAUCACGUACAAAUAACUCGUGUAUAACAACUAAGGGUUGAUUCGACAAAAAUAUAUCCUGGAUAGUGCUUUCAUGCAGUGAAAGAAUGAAGCCACGAUCCAGUUGGAAGUACUAACAGAAGAAUGUGCAUUCAGUCAUUCAAUCUUCACAGCGAAAAAACAAGAAACGAAGAAGAUGGAAGGGAAGAGAGAGCAUAAACUGCUUCGUUCCUUCAUUGGUGACACAAGAAAGAAUUCUAAUCGUGUAAAUAAUACAGUGCUUGUUUUAAAAUGAUGUUUUUUUGUAUUAAAUUUAUUCAAUAUGUAAUUUAUUAAGGCAAAAAUUUCAGUAAAAUCGUUAAUUGGUUCGUGUUGCCAUUUGCUAAGCUUGCAGGUAGUGAGUGAUUCAUAUGUAUAGUCAGUAUAGACAGCUAGAAAUGUUUUUAAAUGUUAUAUAUUGAAGAUAUGUAUAAUCGAAUUUGUUUCGAUUGGAAAUUGACAUUCCAUGAAUUUCAUUGUCCUUCAAAGCUGCAUUACUUG